CGGGCGGCCGCUGUGAGUCGGACGGGAGCCGGUUCCCACAAUGCUGCUGCGCCCUGUUUGGAGAGCAGCUUGUACAAUGCGGCGGGGCUGAAAGCAAACCCUCCAAGUACUGGUUUUUUCUCCUUAAUGUAAGCGCAUUUUUUUUUAAACGCCGCUUCACUUUUGCAUUUGCAGAAGACGUAUCUUUUUAAGAAAAACCGCAAAGGAACAGACGCCUCCAGCGCACUCCGGAUUAUCCUCUCUGGUGUAUGUCCAACCACAUAACUGUUUGCUGGGGAGUGCCAGGAUUUUGACACAGUGAAAGCGAAGGAAUGGCGUAUGUUCCAAAGUCACGAUGGUGGUGAUGUUGCUUUUGGAUGUUGAAGUCAUGUGAGAAGAGAGAGGGAGGGAAAAGACCAGAUUACCUGCCACCACCUGCUCAUUGUGGUUCAUAAAUAUCUUUAUGAAGGUGGAAGGCAUAUUGGCGACUGCCAGUUCAGGAUGCUGAUGGCCACUGUCGAAGAUUACCAGUUUAACAGGCAUUUGCUGUGGUUGGUUGAGAACUUUCAUCAUCAUGGCAGUGGUACUUCCAGUGGGUACAGUGAGCUGAAGGCAAAUGCUGAAUGAUUCUGUUUGUUCAGCAACCUCAAGAGGAGAGAGAGACAGAAACACUCUUUGUGGAAGGAAAGAGCGAGAAAAUGAAAUUUCCAUUCUAUUGGUGUUGAGUUGUAAAUAGCUUAUGGAAAACAUAUAAAGCAAAAUACACAGUGAGCCUUGGGGCAGUGAAUGAGAUUAAAUUUCCUCGUCAUGGCUUCUGAUCAAACGUGAUUGAUUGUGAGAGGGUUUUUCCCCCUCUCCCACUUCUUUUUUAGUUAAAAAAAACUUGUUUCCCCCAACUCUAGCCAGUUUAUAUCAUGCUCCGGAACGGAGUUGUUGGGAAUGUAGGGCAGCCGUGCAUGCUACGAUGGUCCAAUCGCAUCCGGUUGACCUGGCUCAGUUUCACCCUCUUCAUCAUACUGGUGUUCUUCCCGCUGAUUGCCCAUUACUACCUGACCACCAUCGACAACCUCGAUGACUCCGGCCCUCGCAUUUUUGAGCCACGCUCAGGCAAUGCCCUGUGUGAGGUCAAGCACGUGCAAGAUCUGUGUCGCAUUCGGGAAUCAGUCAGCGAGGAACUGCUGCAGCUUGAGGCGAAGCGGCAGGAGCUCAACAGCGAAAUUGCCAAACUCAACCUGAAGAUUGAGUCCUGCAAGAAGAGCAUUGAGAAUGCCAAGCAGGACCUGCUGCAGCUCAAAAAUGUCAUCAGCCAAACUGAGCACUCGUACAAGGAACUGGUGGCACAGAACCAGCCAAAGCUCUCGCUGCCAAUCCGCUUGUUGCCAGAGAAAGACGAGACUAACUUCCCAUUGCCAAAGUCCCCCAACAGUUGCCGCUUGCACUCUUGCUUUGAUUACUCCCGGUGUCCGCUUACAUCAGGAUUUCCUGUUUACAUCUACCCACUGGAUCAGUACCAAUUCAGUGCUUUAAUUGAUCCAUUAAUCAAACAGGCAUUUCUGGCAACUGCUCGAACUAACACCUACAUUACAAACAAUCCUCAUGUUGCUUGUGUCUAUGUGGUCUUGAUUGGGGAGCUGCAGGGCCCUACAGUACUGAAAUCUACUGACCUUGAAAAGCAGUUGCACUCCCUCCCUUAUUGGCGGUCAGAUGGGCACAAUCAUCUUCUCAUCAACCUGUCUAGGAGAUCCCAGACACAGAACAUGCUCUACAAUGUCAGCACAGGCAGGGCUAUGGUUGCCCAGUCUACAUUCUAUGAUAUGCAGUAUCGUCCUGGCUUUGAUCUUAUCCCCUCGCCACUCAUCCAUGCCAUGUCCGAACCUAACUUCUUGGAGAUACCUCCCCAGGUUCCAGUCAAAAGAAAGUAUCUCUUCAGUUUUCAGGGCGAAAAGAUCGAGUCACUCAUGUCCAGCUUGCAGGAAGCCCGUUCCUUUGAGGAGGAGAUUGAGGGAAAUGCUCCAGCCGAUUACGAUGAUAGGAUCAUUGCUACCUUGAAGGCUGUCCAGGACAGUAAGUUAGACUUGGUUCUUGUAGAGUUCACCUGCAAAAACCAACCUCAGCCUGCCUUGCCUACGGAGUGGGCACUUUGUGGAGAGAGGGAUGACAGGUUAGAAUUGCUGAAACUUUCCACUUUUGUAUUAAUUAUAACACCAGGCAAUAGCCAUCUCAUUGCUUCCACUGGCUGUUCCAUGAGGCUUUUUGAAGCCUUGGAAGUUGGAGCCAUCCCAGUAAUCCUUGGGGAACAUGUGCAGUUGCCGUAUCAUGACACGAUACAUUGGAGUGAGGCAGCUCUAGUGGUGCCAAAGCCUCGCAUAACGGAAGUUCACUUCCUCCUGAGGAGCAUCUCUGACAGCGACCUCCUGAACAUGAGACAUCAAGGUCGUUUCCUAUGGGAGACUUACUUUUCCUCCUCGGAUAACGUGCUGAGCGCCAUCCUGUCCACCAUGCGAACCAGAAUACAAAUUCCUGCUGCUCCCAUCCCAGAAGAGCCCUCCAAGGAGAUCCCUCACAAGACAGGAAAGACUGCGGGCACUGAUCCCAACAUGGCGGACACUGGAGACCUAGACCUGGGACCCGUUGAGACUGAGCCACCAUAUGCCUCACCAAAAUACCUGCGGAACUUCACAGUGACCAUUCGAGACACUUACAGAGCCUGGAACACUGCCCCGGGACCAUUCCAUCUUUUUCCACAUACCCCAGUGGACCCCACGUUACCCUCUGAAGCCAAGUUCCUUGGGUCCGGGACCGGAUUUCGGCCUAUAGGUGCAGGAGCUGGAGGCUCUGGGAAAGAGUUCCAAGCUGCACUGGGCGGCAAUGUUCCUCGGGAACAGUUUACAGUUGUAAUGUUAACCUACGAGCGCGAAGAAGUCCUGAUGAACUCUUUGGAGAGACUGAAUGGCCUCCCUUACUUGAAUAAAGUUGUUGUAGUGUGGAAUUCUCCCAAGCCACCAUCUGAGGACCUUAUAUGGCCUGACAUUGGAGUGCCCAUUGUGGUUGUUCGUACAGAAAAGAAUAGUUUAAAUAAUCGUUUCUUACCCUGGGAUACUAUUGAAACGGAGGCAAUUCUUUCAAUUGAUGAUGAUGCCCACCUUCGCCAUGAUGAAAUUAUGUUUGGCUUUCGGGUUUGGCGGGAGGCCAGAGAUCGGAUUGUGGGUUUUCCUGGCAGGUACCAUGCUUGGGAUAUGACCCACCAGUCCUGGCUCUACAACUCCAAUUAUUCCUGUGAACUAUCCAUGGUGCUGACUGGCGCUGCCUUCUUUCACAAGUACUAUGCGUACCUCUACUCCUAUAUCAUGCCGCAGGCCAUUCGCGACAUGGUGGAUGAGUACAUUAAUUGUGAAGAUAUUGCCAUGAACUUCCUUGUCUCCCACAUCACCAGGAAACCACCUAUAAAGGUCACAUCACGCUGGACUUUCCGCUGCCCAGGAUGUCCUCAGGCUCUCUCGCAUGAUGACUCCCACUUCCAUGAAAGACAUAAGUGCAUCAACUUCUUUGUGAAGGUCUACGGGUACAUGCCGCUGCUCUACACCCAGUUCCGCGUGGACUCGGUCCUGUUCAAAACACGGCUGCCACACGACAAGACCAAGUGUUUCAAAUUUAUCUGAGGGACCUACUGAAUCCCAUUUGAGAGGGAAGGGACACCAAAAGUCAUUCCAUACCAUUUUCACCAUGAACACCUAACAGGAAGCAAGUUGGACAUUAUUUCAAAGAAAAAUCACCAAAUUCUCUUGCUGCAUUUUACUGUUAACUAGUAAUCAUAGGGUUGAUUUGAUUCUAAAUAACCUUCAUCAUAAAAGACUGAAGAGAGGAUAAUGAGCGAAGGUUUGCCAUUUGGAAAGUGUAACACGAUCCUAUUCGAAAUCCCAGAAAGAUGUAUGGAGGUUGUUUAUUGAGCUGGGGGAGUGAUUAUGGAUCAUGGACAGAGAUUGGAAGAGGUUGCUAGUCAGCUCAGAAAUAUUUCACCUUCAUCACCCUCUUCUGAAAACUGUCCUGUUCUCAGUGCAUCUCUCUCUUUGGAAUUUUUUGUUCUGUUUAACACCUGGGACAGCCUUCAUCAGGAAUAGACUGAGGCACUAUGAGGAGAGAAGGAGAUGUGUAAAUUGUACUAUCAUUUCCAUCACUUCUUCUCCCAACUUGCCCCUCCCCUCCUCCCUUCCACCCCCAUCCAUGUCCUGGGGACAUCAGUCAAUCACAGGUAUAGUCCAUAUCCUCACUGAAAUGAUAGUUGUGUCAGUUCACUGCCACACAGACAUAACACUGUUUCUUAAAGUAUUAAAUAUUGGGUUUUAUUUACAACAUUGUUUUCCUUUUAGUUCUUUUGCCAUUUUGUUUAUGUCUCAGGGUUCUUUUUGGAAUUGCUCAUUUUGUAUUUUAAAAUUAGCCUUUGAAAAGUGACAAGCUGAUGCUUUGAGCAGUGGCUGGUGGUGGAAAACAUUUGGGAUUUGUCCAAAGGUACAGGCUGGCAGGGGUGUGCAAUAGAUCAGUCACCAUCUAAUAGAAUGGCAGAACUUGUUGCCAAAUUCCCGUUGAAUCUGGGAGGUUUGGAAAGACCUGUUCUUCCCUCGUUUGUCAUCAAAGCACCAGAGGGUUACAGGUUUAACAUCUGGAGCAGUCAAGUUAACAUCUUGCAGAGCGGAAAUGAGAUGUGGAGCAGAUUUAAUCAGAUGGGACAUUUGACAAAGAAUGACUCCCCAGAAAACAUGUUGACUUGCAUUCCAUGAAAUCACUGCACAUCCGAGCAGGGGCAUUCUUGCUCUGGCUAUUACUUGGACAUUGAUCUGUAGAAGCCUCUUUGAGGAGGAAGAGUAUGGACAGUUUUGAAACCACGCUGCCUCAAAAAAGAAAUCAGAGCAUUUUUCCUCUGUUUAGCUGCUUGAAGAACUCGGAGCUCAGCUCAUGAUAUCGGAAGCCUGUGGUGAGUUUAUAAUAUUGCAAUCACUUCAGGAUACCCAACAUCCUUGUAUAUAUCUUUAUAAUAAAGGUCAUUGUAUCUAUCGUGUAA